GUGGCUGUGAAAAACAACAUUGAUGUCUUCUACUUCAGCUGCCUAAUUCCUCUCAACGUGCUUUUUGUCGAGGAUGGCAAAAUGGAGCGCCAGGUCUUCCUUGCGACAUGGAAGGAUAUUCCUAAUGAAAACGAGCUUCAGUUCCAGAUUAAAGACUGUCACCUGAAUGCUGACACCGUCUCCAGCAAACUGCAGAACAACAACGUCUACACCAUCGCCAAGAGGAACGUGGAGGGCCAGGACAUGCUCUACCAGUCUCUGAAGCUCACCAAUGGCAUCUGGAUCUUGGCUGAGCUCCGUAUCCAGCCGGGGAACCCGAACUACACGCUCUCCCUGAAAUGCCGAGCUCCCGAAGUGUCCCAGUACAUCUACCAGGCCUACGAUGCCAUCUUGAAAAACUAACAGGAGAUCAGCCCGUGCCUCACCCUGCAGAAGGAGGGGGGAGAAAGGGGUCCCCCAGAUCCUCCUGCACCGCCGGUGUGGGGAGAAGCACUCUUAACUGGAAGCAGCUCUAUUCAUAUGUAGGAUUUCAGUCAGAGGCACUGAUUAAACAAGGUAGCGAGUAGUAUCCACGUGCUAAUGAUGAUAGGGAACAAACCCCUUUGAUAUUUUUAGCGUCCAUGGAGUUUGUAACCACUGCUUCGACUACUCCCCCUGUCCCCCUUGCCCCUCACUCAUUGUCCGUUCUCGUGGGCUUCUCCAUUUUGUGCCAAUGGUCAGUGUUUUCUAAAUGGCUUUAGGUGUAGUUACGAUUUUGUAAAAUACUGCUCAUCGGGGAAAAAAAAAAAAACCAAGCAAAAAUCACACAUCCGCUCAUUAAAACAAGGCAAGUGUCGAAAA